UUUUAUCUUGCCGGCGCGUACGGACUCUCAGAUGCUACCGAACGCCGGUGCGGUGUGUACGCUGCGGUUAAAUCAUUGACUUGAUUAUUCAGACGAUUCACUCAAAAAAAGUCGCGUACACAAAUUGAAUAAGUUUAUUGCUUCUCAUCAUCAUAAAGUGUCAAAUAAUUUUCAACAGUUGUCGACUAGCUUGUGACAAAAGGCACGUGGUCCUCUUUUUCCUCGCGACCACGAGAAAUGGCUCGAAACCGUGCAUUUUACUGAGAAGGAAGUACUUAAAGGAAAUCGGAGGAAAGUAACGGAUCCUAUUGAUCUAUACUUUCCGUGAUUCAUUGUCUUGUGCCAAAAAAAUCAACUGAAGACGAUAUGGUGUUGAUGAAGAGUGCAGUUGCGGCUUUCUUGCUGCUUCAACUUCUAGUUCAGGAUAUCAAACUUGCAGAAAGUAAUGAGAUCGAUGAUUUAGUGUUUGACCAAGAUGGGAGGUCACCGGUUAUCCAGCUAUCUUUGAACGAUGAAAAUCACGAAGAAGGCUUGGAUAUUUUAAGAAGAAUAAAACGUGGAUUUAGUGACUGGUGGCUGUUUGGAGGAUCUGGUUCUGCCUCCGUCACAUCUACUACGGACGGCGCAACAACAGAAUCUCCAUUAUUUGAAAUAGUCGAUAAAAUAACUGAAGUAUCUCAUGAACGAUCUGCAAGAAAUAGUGAAGAAGUAGUAGAGGAGAACGACAGCAAUGAUGUGAUUGGUAAACAGGAGAAAAAUGACGAGGAUAAUAGUAUUGGUGAAGUUGCUGCGGGCCGUCUGCCAAAUCGAUUGUCAGAUCGAGGAUUAAUUGGUGAUACAGAUGAUGAAGAUCUUGUAGGUGGUUCUGGAGAGAUUGAAGGAAGCGCAACAGAAGAACCAGAAAGUCACACAACUGAGAGAACUGUAAAUCAUCAAGCCCGCUUUUAUCGCAUAACUUUGACUGUCUUGGAGCCUUACAUAGAUGAAUAUGCUGACCCUAAAAGUCAGGAUUACCUCGACUUAAGCAGAAACCUGACACAAGCAUUGGAAGAAUUGUUGUCUCACCGGAUUCCCAACUUUAAUCACAUCGCCAACGUCGUCAAGAUAUCUCGAGCUGAGGAUCCAUUUAAUUCUGAAGCUACUAUUGAUGUUGGAUCAACGUACACUAACGAACAUGAAAUACGACAAAUUUUGGAACAACAACUUCUUUAUCAUUCAUUAGGCAGUAUAAAAAUAGCGCCAGAAGGAUUUACAUUCCGUAGCUUCCAAGAAUGUCCCGAAUCCACGAGUCUUAAGUGUCGAGAUGGCUCCUGUGUUCCAUUAACUUCACGUUGUGAUGGCAUUCCUCAGUGUCCUGAUCAAUCUGAUGAACUUGAUUGUCCAAGUUCAGUGACUUUCAAUCCAUAUGAAUCGACUCAUCCAAGUCGUGGUGCUACAACCAAUAAUUGUCGUGGUGAUGAUACAGUACGAUGUAGUGAUGGAAGUAGGCAAAUUUGUCGAGUCCAAGUGUGUGAUGGAGUUCCUGAUUGUGAUGAUCAUGGAGAUGAAUUAAAUUGUUAUCCUAGUUGUGGAGACAGAGAAUUUGCUUGUGAUGUUCAUCGGUGCAUUUUAGAGUCUCAACAUUGUGAUUUCAAACAAGACUGUGAUGAUGGAAGUGAUGAACGUGGUUGUAGCUAUCCGGCUUGUACACAGAAUGAAUUUAGAUGUAGGAAUGGUCAAUGUAUAGACAGUCGUUAUCGUUGCAACGGCGUCACUGAGUGUCAUGACAAAUCUGACGAGUUGAACUGCCCAUGUAAAGAAGAUGAGUUCGAAUGUGCAGCACUAUUUUGUAUUUCCAAGAAAAGGAGAUGUGAUGGCAUUCAUGACUGCUCCAAUGGUCGUGAUGAAAUGAACUGCGACAACAACACUGUUCGUUGUUCCCCUGAUCAGUUCAGAUGUGAUGAUGGUAACUGCAUCAAUGGAUCAGCGAGAUGUGAUGGUCGGAGUGAUUGUUAUGAUCGGUCUGAUGAAAGAAAUUGCACUGUGAGCACUUGCAGCAGUGAUCAAUUCCGAUGUGCGGAUGGAAGCUGUGUGAGUAUCGACAAACGUUGUAACGGAAACAAUGACUGCAGAAAUGGAGAGGAUGAGAGCCAGUGCGGUUGUGGAGCUACGGAAUUUCGUUGCGACAGUGGCCAAUGCAUCCCCUACCAAUUGCAAUGCAAUGGUGUCAACGAUUGCCAGGAUGGAUCAGAUGAAAACGAACAAUGUGAAAAACACAAAUGGCAUAAAUAUAACACAAAAACAACACGAGAUAAAACAAGAAAAACGAAGAUAGAGAAAAAUAGAGAAAAUAAACGCAUCAAGCCGCUGAGGAAAAAAGAUCAAACAAUAGAUUUCCCUUUUUCUGGAAAAUAUAUUAUGGAUUCUAUUUUGGAAUCUUUUCCAGAACUAGAAAAACUUUCAUCCAAUGUUUUAAAUGAAUAUAAAAAUAGAUCGGACCACAAUUGGGAAUGGGCGAGAAAUUCAAAUAUUAAAUACCCAUCGAUCAACCGGAAAACAGUUGAGUCAAUAACAAACAAGAGUGACAAAUUGAAUUAUCAAGUUAAGCCGAUUAAGCCUAGUCAGAAUCAUUCAGCAAGAAAAUCACUGCGAAAAAUAUUUCCGCAAGUAGUUAGAAAUAAAGAUGUAACACGGGUCGAUCUACAUUUAUUAGGAAGUAAACGAAAAAGAACAAAGACAAAAAUAAAACGUCCAACGAUUCUUUCUUACAAAUACAAAAUGAACGUUAAUCAAACUUCAAUUCCAAGUUAUCAACAUAUUGGACAGUUCCUGAGUAAGGAAAAGUCAUUGACUCCGAGUUAUAAAUACUUUAAAAAAUGGCUAAAAUCAUUCUGGAACAAAGGGCAAACUGAAACUUUCAAAGAAUGGCUUGACGAAUAUAAUUCAAUUAUAAAAGAACGACGAAAAGAUAUAGAAAAUAUAAGAGAUAAAUACAGAACAAUAAUGCCAGAAGAUCAAAGGUUUAAACAAUUUCUGAUGUUUCCUAAAUGGUCAAAAAAUCUCACUACGGUGAAAACAAAUUGGGAUAAAUUUAAUGCUACGAGAACCAAAUUCAUUUUUACUACAUCAACUGUAGCUCCGAACAUAUUCCAAAAAUCUAAAAAAGUCGAUAUAGUGAUAUCUGAGAUUUCAAAUGAUAUCCAAUCGGUCAUUUUAAUUAAAUCACCAAAAGAUCAAAAAGAUAAAAAAAUGAAAAACAUUGAUGUAACUGAAAAUAACAGAAGGAUUAAAUUGAAAGCUUUUAAUAAAAUAACAACUAAUGACAUCAAUAAUGAUAUCAAUUCAUACAAUUUAAUAAAGACGAAAGAUAAAUCUAUCGGAGAAUUUAAAUUUGACGAAUCAAUGAAUAACAAAUCUGAUGCUUCAUUAUUUCAACAAAUAAACAAAGAUACUAAACAAAAAUUAAAACCGAUUUUCAAUCCACAUAAUAUCUUUGAAGCGACAAAAGGCAAUAAUAUGAUGAAUCAUAGACAAAAUAAACACAUUCCAUCAAUAAUCCAUCACUCACGGAAACAUAAUUUAACGAAAUUUUACCUGUUUGUUGAUGUACCGACAAAAGCUAGCAAAACUAAAAAUUAUUUUGACAAAUACAAAGUUACGAUACAUAAAUUAAAUCAAUCGGAUACUGAAAAAACUUCUAAAUCAAUAGAAAAUAAAGUUUAUUUUCGUUAUAAACGAUCAGAAAGCAGUGAUCUAGAUAAGUGGAAUGAGACCUCGAGUGAAAAUAAAAUAAUCGAAAAAAUUGAAAAUGUAAAUAAAUUAAACAAGGUAAAAAUUUUAAUGAAUAAUAAUCCAUCUGAUUUAUUGAAUAUUAAAGCUGAUAAGUUAGAGUAUGUUUUAAAAAAUGAUACCUUUAACGUAACAUUCAGUGGCGUAGAAGACUCUAAUAUUAUUAUUUAUAAUGACACUCUUUUAAAUUCAACUGCACAAAAGUGUGAUGUUGAAUGUGGAUUUAUGAAAAAUACAGAUCUGGAAUUACAAAACAGUACAAUAGCAAACCAAUCGAACGAAAAUUUAGAUUUAAAAUUGAUAAAUUCAAAGGAAUCAAAUUAUGUAAGUUCAAAUACAUUGGAGGUUGUGCCAUUGAAUAGUGUAAGCGUUGAAGGGAUGAUUAAGACAAGAAUUAAGGAUGAAAAAGGGAAAAAGCAUAGGGAGAGGUUCAAAGGAAAUAAAAGUAACAGAAACAACAGAGAAAGGAAUAAGAAUAAGAGAAGAAAAUCGAGAAGAGGAAAAAAGAAAAAUGAAAAGAAGAAAGGUAAAAAUGGUAAUGGAAGAAAAGGAAAAAUGAAUAAGACAACAACAACUACUACUACUACUACUACUAUUACUACUACUGAUGACACUGCUGCCAAUAGUACUCCUUCAUCUACUACCAUACGAAGUAGUAGUAGUAGUAGUAGUAGUAAUAAUUCCGUAACUUCAACAUCAGAGAACAUUUUAAUGUUCUCCUCAUUUGAAUAUUUUUUAAAUACAUCUGAUAUUAAUGCUACUACGGAUUACCCUAAUAACAUGUUAUCUACAACUCCCGUAUUGUCAUCACCAUGUUCUUGGUGGAUUUUUAGUUGGUUCUGGGGUUGUCCUUUUCCAGAGGUUCUUCCAGAAGUUUCCGAAGAUCCUUCAAUGAUUGGCCUAUUUGAUGAUUCCAAUUACAGUAAAUUUAGUUUACAAGAGCAAAUCAAUUUGUCGUUGGAAAACACAAGUGUAUCAUCAAAAACUCUAAAAGAAACGGUUGGGUCAGGACUAUUAAAAAAAUCUAUCAAUAAUACUGAUAUAAACAAUAAUCAAGUUGAUGUAAAAAUGCCGAGAACUGAUUAUUCAGAGAAUGCUAUUGACUUAGAUUUAAACUCUAGAUUAUAUGAUCAAGAGUUGGAAUUUGAUUGUCCCAAUGGGGAGCACCAUUGUGAUGGAUUGUGUGUUGACAUUGAAAAAAUCUGUGAUAAAAAGAAUGAUUGUUUAGAUGGAUCUGAUGAACAGGGUUGUGAAUAUUUAGAUUACCUGGAGGAUGACAUCAGGAAUGCAAAAUUACAGCAUAAAACGCCAACGAUAUAUGAGCCUAAGGCACUUAAGAGUAUAUCAGCAACAACAAGUGGUCUUCAUCAACCAUUAGGAUGCAAUCCUAAAAAAUACUUUCUUUGUAAUGAUAGACUAGCAUGUAUUCAACGUACACGUUAUUGCGAUGGACAUUAUGAUUGUUAUGAUGGAUCUGAUGAGGAUUCAGACUUAUGUGAAUAUUACAGAGACGAAGCAGACCGGGGUUGUACACCCACUCAGUUCCGAUGUGCUACUGGUGGCAAAUGCAUUGAAGAUAUCUACAGAUGUGAUGGUCGUCCUGAUUGUCCUGAUAGAAGUGAUGAAGAUUGUGGAGAGAAAAGUAUCACGAACGAUACUAUCACUCACGUUACCUAUCCGCAUAUAGAUUCGUCUGCACCUGGGUGGCCGGUGGAAUGUGAUCCUAGAACAGAAAUGACUUGUGGAGACGGUACAUGCAUUUCUUUAAGGCGCAGAUGUGAUGGUAGACCUGAUUGUUAUGACAACAGUGAUGAACGCGAUUGUGGAUCAUGUGAAUCCAACGAGUGGAGAUGCAGAAGUGGUGAAUGUCUAUCCAAAAGAGUAAGGUGUGACGGUCGACGUCAUUGUCGUGACGGAUCUGAUGAGGCCGGAUGCGUUACUGAGUGUCCGGCCAGAAUGUUUCAUUGUGACAACGGAUCGUGCCUUGAUCAAAGACGACGUUGUGACGGUCGUCUUGAUUGUCAUGAUGGAUCAGACGAGCUUUAUUGUCAAGCUACCCCCUGUCCUGAUGGUCAAUUACCUUGUGCCAAUGGUGUUUGUAUUUCUAAACAAUUCUUCUGUGAUCGUCAUGUAGAUUGUCAUGAUGGAAGUGACGAAUUUAAUUGCUCCAGCAGCUCGACGUAUCCACCUACCACUGAAUGCAGAAGUGAUCAGUAUACAUGUCGAGAUCGUACUUGUAUUCCACAGUCAGCAGUUUGUGAUGGGCGUCAAGAUUGUAUUACAAAUGAGGAUGAAUUGAAUUGUCGUCAUCAAUGCUCAAGAGGCCAAUUUCGAUGCAGCAAUGGUGAUUGUAUUUCUAGUAAUCAGAAAUGUAAUCGAGUCAUUGAUUGUGAUGACGGUUCUGAUGAAGAAGGCUGCGAAAUUACCACAGUUCCUACAUUCCUGCCAGAAGGACAUCAUUGCCCAACCGGACAAUUUGCUUGCAUUUCGGACAGAUCAUGUGUUUAUUACUCAGCACGUUGUAAUGGUAUUUCUGAAUGUCGUGACAGAUCUGAUGAAGAUGACUGCGAUGAUGACGCUAACAAAGGUGGACUUAACAUUAAAACAUAUCCAAGUGAACAACUGAUUAAAGAAAACCCGGCGCGGCAAGGUUACGAAGUUGUAUUCCACUGUCGGGAUGAAGGAAAUCUUCGAGCUGAAGUACGAUGGCUUCGUGGAAAUAACUUGUCUCUUCCGCCAGGAUCUCGAGACAUAAAUGGCCGUUUAGAAAUUCCUAACAUUCAAAUUGAACAUGCAGGACCCUACAUAUGUGAAGCUGUAGGUUAUCCACCAUCAGUUCCAGGACAACGAGUUACUGUUAAUCUUCAAGUGGAAAAAUAUGAUCCUCCAACAGCGCGACCACCACAAGUUUGCAAAUACGACGAAGCAACUUGCAGUAAUGGCGAUUGUAUUCCGAAACCUUUCGUAUGUGAUGGCAAAUUCGAUUGUACUGAUGGAUCAGAUGAAAUGAGAUGUAAUCCUCUUGGAUGUGAACCCAACCAGUUCCGUUGUGCUAAUAAGCAAUGCGUAAGUAAAAUCUGGCGAUGCGAUGGAGAUAAAGAUUGUACUGAUGGAAGUGAUGAAGAGAAUUGUGGGACACCACCACCUGGAUCUCCUUGCCGAUAUGAUGAAUUCCAGUGUCAUCAAUUUGAUCAAUGUAUACCGAAAAGUUAUCACUGCGACAUGGAACGAGACUGCCAAGAUGGUAGUGAUGAAAUCGGCUGUUCUUUAGUGUACAUUACGAAGCCUCCUGUACCAAUGUUGGUUCUUGAACCAGGAGAUACAAUGAUUUUAACAUGUUCUGCUGUUGGAGUACCUAUCCCUGAAAUAAAUUGGCGUUUAAACUGGGGUCAUGUACCUUCUAAAUGCGAUUCAGUAUCUGUUAAUGGUACUGGAACCCUUACAUGUCCCGACAUCACUGUUUCUGAUCAAGGAGCAUACUCUUGUGAAGCUAUAAAUGUCCGAGGUUUCGUUUUCGCUAUUCCAGAUACUAUUUUAACUGUAAAUGAAACUUCAGUUGUAUGUCCUAAAGGAACAUUUAAUUCAGAAGCAAAAAGACCUGAAGAAUGCAUUUCUUGUUUCUGUUUCGGAGUUGCUACGGAAUGUAGAAGUGCUGACUUAUUUAUUUAUCAAAUUCCACCUCCAUUCGAUCGUCACAGAGUUUUAGCUGUUGAGUUGUCUUCAACAUUACCGAGAAUUAAAGGAGAGUUGGGAAGUCAAUCAUUAGAAGUAGUACCUCUUGGUCGAGACGGAGUUGAUAUAUCAAUGCCUUAUUCUAACGAAUUAUCAUCUUAUGAUAUUCCCUAUUUUGCACUUCCUGAAGUUUACCACGGUAGUCAACUUAAAUCGUAUGGUGGAUAUUUACGGUACACAAUUAGAUAUAGCGGCAGUGGAAGACCAAAUAACUCUCCGUCCGUAAUUCUAAGUGGAAAUGGAAAUAUAUUAGUUCAUCGAGGACAGUCUCACGUGUCUGAUCAUGAAACAGAAGAGUCUGUUAGAUUUUUCUAUGGCGAGUGGUAUAAAAUUAAUAAUGGAUCAGAACGAUUGGCUACCAGACAAGAUAUUAUGAUGACACUUGCUGAUGUGGAUAAUAUUCUUAUUAAAGCUAAAUAUGAUGACUCUCCACAGUUAGAUGUUACUAUUACUGAUAUUCUUAUGGAUACUGCGGAUUCUAGAAAUACUGGAUUAGGCAGUGCCAGCUACGUCGAAGAAUGCUCAUGUCCAACUGGAUAUACUGGAUACUCUUGUGAGCAUUGUGCUCCUGGAUACCUUCGACGUAAAAGUGGCUCAUGGCUUGGAGAAUGCUACAGUGAUAAACCGCCUUGUCCUCCAGGUUAUUAUGGAGAUCCAUCACGAAAUAUUCCCUGCGCAGUUUGCCCAUGUCCUUUGACAAAUCCUGCUAAUCAAUUUGCUCGUACAUGUCGCCUUGGAUCAGAUCGUCAGCCUAUUUGCGAUUGUCCUCCAGGUUACAUUGGAAAAAGGUGUGAACAAUGUGCCGCAGGCUACCAUGGAAAUCCACUCAUUACCGGAGAUAUGUGUGUUCGUGAUCAACAAUGUGAUCCUCACGGAAGCUUAACACCUACAGCAGAUUCCGAAGGAAGAUGCCGAUGCAAGCAAUACGCCACUGGUUUAACUUGUGACCAAUGCAAGCCAAACACAUUCAAUUUAGCUUCGAAAAAUCAAUUUGGAUGUAUAAGCUGCUUCUGUAUGGGGAUUACAGACCGAUGUGUGUCAUCAAAUUGGUUUAGAAGCGAGAUCCAUGUAUCAUUUACUAAUUCAAUCAGAGGUUUUUCAUUGAUUGAAACAUUAAAUCCUAAUGCACCAUCAAUAACAUCUGGUAUCCGGCUCGAUUCUUCAAGACGCGAAAUAAUUUAUAGUGACUUUCCAAACCGUGGACAAGGAGAUGUUUAUUAUUGGCAACUUCCUAGUAUAUUCUUAGGUGAUCAAAUAACAUCAUACGGUGGUAAUCUUAAAUAUUCUGUAAGGCAUGUGCCAUCACCUGGAGGUCAAAGUUCCAAAAAUAAUGCCGCCGAUGUUGAAUUAAUCAGUGCAAACAAUAUUGAUCUUCAUUAUUAUUCUCGUGAAUCUAUAGAACCCAAUUCCCUGCAAUCUUUCACUGUUCCAAUCUUAGAACAAUUUUGGCAACGAGCUGACGGAAGCCCUGCUAACAGAGAACACUUGUUGAUGGCCUUGGCUGACGUUCAAGCUAUAAGAAUUAAAGCAACGUACACAACUCAUACUGCUGAGGCUGCACUUUCAUCAGUAUCCUUGGAAACAGCGGAAAAAUACAACACAGGAAAAGAAAGAGCUGUUGAAGUAGAAGAAUGUAGUUGCCCUGCUGGUUAUACAGGACUGUCCUGCGAAGAUUGUGCCGUUGGUUACUCUAGAGUAAAUGAAGGUCUUUAUUUAGGAGUUUGUGAGCCUUGUACAUGUAAUGGACAUUCUAAUCAUUGUGAUCCAGAGACUGGAAUUUGUGAACACUGUGCAGACCACACAACCGGAGAUAAUUGUGAGCUUUGUGAACAAGGCUACGUAGGAGAUGCUACACGAGGAACUCCUCAAGAUUGUCGACCCGAUUCAGGAUUACGUCCGGUAGAAACCUGCAACUGUAAUCUAGCUGGUUCCCAGUAUAAUCAGUGCAUAAAUGGUCAAUGUACAUGUAAAUCUAAUGUAGUCGGUGCUGAAUGUAAUCGUUGUCGACCUUCAACCUUUGGACUAUCUGCAGAAAACCCUAAUGGAUGUAAUGAAUGCUUUUGCAGUGGAGUCACUAAUCAAUGUUAUGAAAGCUCACUUUAUAUUCAACAAAUUCCUGUAUGGCUCUAUGAUUCUCACCAUGCUUUCACACUGACUGAUGCUUCUAGAGCAGACAUCAUUGAAGAUGGUUUUGAUCUUAACAUUAUGAGGAACGAAAUUGGUUAUCGGUUUACUCCAGCUAAUAGAAAUCGUCGAUUAUUCUGGUCUCUGCCAUCGGUAUUUAUCGGUAAUCAAGUUAAAAGUUACGGGGGAAACUUGACCUUGACGCAACGAUUCACUGCAAGACCUGGUGCUAAUCCUCUGAAAGAUCAAGAUGUAAUAUUGAGUGGCAAUGGAAUCACCCUUUUCUGGACUAACUCUCAAGAACCUUAUCCUAAUCAAACUAUCACGUACACAGUACGUCUUAGAGAAACAGAGUGGCGUAGAUUAUCGAAUGAAGGACCCAGAACUGCAUCCAGAACUGAUCUAAUGACUGUCUUAUCAAACCUCGAAGCCAUACUAGUGAGAGCUUCCUAUAGUGAAGGAAUGAUUGCUUCUUAUAUCAGUGAUGUUAGUCUUGAUACAGCCGUAGAAAACCCUGCUGGUUACAAACGUGCCACACAAAUUGAAGCUUGUAGAUGUCCUCAAGGCUAUACUGGAACAUCAUGUGAGUCUUGUGCUCGAGGAUAUUACCGAGACAUUACAAAUAGAUCAGUGAGCAUCCUGGGCUCUUGUAAUUUAUGUCCCUGCAAUGAUCAUGAAGAGAGUUGUGAAUUAAGCCGAGCUGGACAUGUCAAAUGCCACUGCCAUUCUGGUUAUGGUGGCCAAUAUUGCCAAGAAAUAGUUGAAGAGCCUGGUACUACAAAUCCUACUUAUCCAUUUGUCAAACCACCAAGAAUUGUUGUGACGAUUCAAGAAAAGAAAUUCCAAAUCGUACACAUUGGAAGCACUGUGAGAUACCAUUGUUCUGGAAAAUCAUUAGAUAAUGCACCACUUCAAAUAAGAUGGGAAAAAGAAGGUGGACGGCUACCAGAUCGAAGUGUAGUUGAUGCUCAAGGUUUAUUCAUAAUUCGCGAUGUCAAGGUAUCAGACAGUGGAGUUUACAUCUGUCAAGUCACUGAUGGUAUUGAUAUUGCAAUUGAGAAAGUUACACUUACUGUCGGAGGUUCUAAUCCAGUUGAACCAAAGGCUAUCAUUCGCCCAGUUUAUCAACAAGUGAAGGAAGGUGAACCUGUAGAAUUCUAUUGUGAAACUACCGGCAAUCCUGCUCCAGAAGUUGAGUGGAUACGUGUACAAGGGCAAAUGAAUCCAGAAGCAACUUUCCAUAACAACGUAUGGAGAAUUCCAGCUGUAACGAAAAAUGAUGCAGCUGAAUAUAAAUGUAUUGCUAGGAAUACAGUCGGUGUCAAUGAGCAAACAACGAUUCUUUAUGUUACUGAUAAUCCUGACAAACCACCAACUAAUAUUCAUCCUGAUAAAGGUCCUAUUAUUACUCCUCAUGAAUGGAUUGGUGCUAGUGGGGAUAUAGUGCGAAUGGUUUGUACUCGAUCGAAUUAUCACGCAAGCGUCAACUGGACUCGUUCAUCAGGAUUACCUCUUCCAUCAUCCGCAACUCAACGAGAUGGAGUUUUAACGAUCAGUAACCCUCAACCAAUUGAUUCAGGUCUUUAUGUGUGUAUCGCAACAAGUUAUCAAGGAACAGAAUCAAGCACAAGUGCUCAAAUUUCGAUUCAUACUCGAAACAAUCCACCGAGGGUUCAGGUUGAACCAGAAAGACAGACUGUAUCACAAGGAACAGGUGCAGAAGUAAAAUGUCAUAUCACUGAAUAUGAUCCAAAUCUUCAAAUUAAAUGGAUUAAAUAUGGAGAAUCAAUACUGAGACCUAAUGUUCAGCAACAUGGAAAUGUUCUGAAAAUUAAUAAUCCCCAGGUUUCUGACAGAGGAGUUUAUAUUUGUAGAGUAACAAAUGCUGUUGGUACAUUUGAGGCAAGUGCAAUGAUAGAAGUAGAACCACGAGAAACACCAGUAUUGGAACUUUAUCCAAAAGAUGUUCAAAUAGCAACAUUAGGUGGAUCAGCUGAUUUGCAAUGUCGAGUAGUCGCUGGAUUUCCAGUGCCAGAAGUUCAAUGGAGCAGACAAGAUAAUCGACCACUUCCGCCAAAUGUUAAUCAACUUCCUGGAGGUUUAUUACGAUUUGUAAAUAUUACUGUAAAUGAUGGCGGGGCUUACGUUUGUACAGCAGUCAAUGAUGUUGGUUAUCAGACAGCAGUAGCUCAUAUUGAAGUUCGUUCUCUUCCAGUUAUACAAAUUACUCCUAGUGGCGGAAUUAUCCGAGCUAAACUUCAUGAAAGAGUGAGAUUGACAUGUCGUGCCGAGGGAAUCCCUCAACCUAAUGUAGCUUGGAGUAAACAUGGCAAUAGCUUUCAGCUGUUUGGACCAUCUAGAGCAUCAUCCGCUACUCCUUUAACUGCUAUUCAUGAAAUUAUGUCCAUGUCAUUAGACGAUGAAGGAUCGUAUACUUGUCAAGCAACAAAUACAGCUGGAAUGACGGAAGAAAGGAUUCAAGUAGUAAUAGAUGAUGAUUAUAAUGAUGUUGAUGAAUAUCCCAAUUGUAGGGGUGAUGCAGCAUGUGAGUAUCCUGAGAAUCGUCGUCCUGGAUCAGGAUCUCAAGUAGUACAUCCUCCGAGAGGUCCAAAUGAAGGUGUUAGAAUUCCUGAAGACUUUUUGAGAAUUCCUGCUGGAGGUAAUGUGGAAAUAAGAUGUCAAGUCGCUGCACCGUAUGAUUCACGUAUUUACUUGGACUGGAAGAGAAGUGACAGAAGAAUAUUACCACCUGGUAGCACAGUUCAUAAUGGUAUAUUGACUAUUCCUGAAGUAACUAAAGAAGCCGCGGGAGAAUAUGUUUGUCUUGGAUUAGAUCACACCGGUGCUGAGUUAUUUAGAGCUAAAUCUCACUUGGAAAUAAUUUCUCCACCAAGAAUCGACUUAAAUCCAAACAGGCAAGUUGUAGCACCUGGAGAAAGUCCUUCAAUUAUAUGUACAGCAACUGGAGAUCAACCCUUAAAAAUAGAAUGGGUUGCAUUGGGUCGAUCAUUACCGCAUACUGUUAGCCAUCAUCAAGGUGUGCUUCGAUUCCAUGGAAUUACAUAUGCUGAUGCCGGAAAAUACGUAUGCAAAGCAACAAACGAUGCUGGUACUGCAGAAGCUGUUGCUGAAGUUUUAGUUAAUGAAAACACGUAUGAAGAUUUUGGAGUACGUGCCGUUGAGCGAAAUGUGAGCACGAUAACUGGAAGUUCUGUGAGACUAAGAUGUGAGACACGAGAACAAGUAACAAUUCACUGGAAUAGAGAAGGCCAACAACUACCACAAAACAUACGAAUUGGAGACAACUAUUUGGAAUUAACUAGAGUAAGACCUGAAGAUAGCGGUCGUUAUAUUUGCCAAAUUCGUAAUGCUCAUGGCGGUUCUUCUAGUGAUUACAUAAAUCUACAUGUUGCUCUUACUUAUUCGCUUGCGGAUUGCAUGCCAGUAUUCCCAUCGGUACUGUGUGCCAAUGGACUGUACCUAUGCAGAACUCAAGAGUGUAUUUCGUUGGAUAACAUUUGCGACGGCUAUGCACACUGCAACGACGCUACUGAUGAACGUUUCUGCCGCAUCUCGCGAUUCCGCCAAUAUCUUCAGCGACGACGCGCACCAGCAGGACCUAUUGUUCACAUUGAACCAUCCAGUGAUAUUGUAAAUAUUGGUGACUCUUUGGAUUUGCGUUGCAUAUUUUCUUCAAGACAUCCUGAUCGUCCAAGAUAUCAGUGGUAUAGAGCGAACCAUGAUUCAUUGCCAUCAACAGCGCAAGUUUACGAAGAGAAUCUAAGGCUUAUUAAUAUUCAGAUGAGUGAUAGUGGAGUGUAUAGAUGUAGGGUUGACUCGAAAGAAGGUGGAUUCGUUCAAGAAUAUAAUCUUGUUGUUCAAGGUGGGGAAAAUGAUGAACCAGCUGUAGAAGUGAAGAGCGUCCCAUAUGGCUCAAGUAUCGAAAUGGAAUGUCGAGUUAAUUUAGAAGAACCAAUCAAAUACAAGUGGAGUAAACUUGAUGGUAUUCUUCCUGCAGUAAUAACUCGAGAUAAUAAAAUUCAGUUAAUCAAAGUGAGGGCUGAGGAUGCAGGCACUUAUAUUUGUACAGCAUCAAACGGACUGGAGAGUUCAGAGGUUCCUAAAGUUUUGGUUGUCACAGGAGUUGUACCUAAUUUUAACCAAGCGCCCAGAAGUUACAUAGCACUUUCUCCAUUGCCUGAUUCAUAUCUGAAAUUCAAUAUUGAGGUUUCUUUCAAGCCUGAAAGUUAUGAUGGAAUUAUUUUCUAUAAUGCAGAGUCGGCCGAUGGAAAUGGAGAUUUUGUAAUCUUGUCACUGGCUGAAGGAUAUCCGGAAUUUAGAUAUGAUCUAGGUUCUGGUCCAGCUACAAUUCGAUCGGAUAAGACUAUUUCAUUGGGAGUAUGGCACACAAUUAAACUCCAACGUAACAGAAAAGAAUGUAUCAUGGUGGUUGAUGGUGAAGGUCCUUACAAAUCAGCAUCGACUGGUAGGAAACAAGGACUAGACGUAAAAGAACCUCUCUAUGUUGGUGGAGUACCCGAAUCUGUUGUCCUGUCUGAUCGAACUGGCACAAUCCGCGUAGGACUCGUUGGCUGUAUCUCAAGAAUGAUUGUAGGUGAAAAGACACUUGAUCUAAUUGGAGAUCAAACUGACAGCGUUGGAGUAACUACUUGUGAAACUUGCGCUGAGAACCCAUGUCACAAUUCUGGCGUUUGUCAAGAAGCUCCUACAAAGCACGGAUAUAUGUGUCUUUGUCGUGCAGGAUACAGUGGAAAGCUUUGUGAUAAAGUCGGACAAUCUUGUUAUCCAGGUGCUUGUGGACAGGGUACAUGUAUUGAAGUGGAAAGUGGAUUCGAAUGUCGCUGCCCUCAUGGAACUUCAGGAACUUAUUGUGAACGUGCUGCUGAGAUACGUCGGCCUUCUUUUAAUACCGAUCAUUCAUAUCUCGCAUAUGAAACACCAAAAGCUGCUAGACGGCUGAAAGUAACAUUGAACUUCAAUCCUACGCACAAUGGAGAUGGAAUAUUGAUGUAUUGUUCACAAAGUGACGAAGGACAUGGAGAUUUCGUUGCGCUUAUUAUCAAAGAUAGAGUCGUAGAGUUUCGCUUUGAUAUUGGUACUGGAAUGGUUGUGGUACGAUCCAAUUACACGAUUCAACCUGGAGUUUGGACGAGGGUCAUCCUCAACCGAGACUUCAAAGAUGGCAAAUUGUCAGUUAACGAUGAACCUUUAGUGGAGAGACGAGCACCAGGAACUAAGAGAACUAUGACACUCAAUACUCCUUUAUAUAUUGGAGGCGUGAAUCAGAGUCGAAUUAGAAUUAAUAAAAACGUUGGAGUUCAACGUCAUUUCCAUGGAUGUAUUAACGAAUUGGAAGUUUCAACCCUGAAUGUUAAACUUCUGAACUCAACAAUUGAUUCAUCAAACAUCGAUGAAUGCAGUAUACCAUCGAUUCCUUGGCAAAUAAAUCCUACAGUUGCCACCAUGCCAGUCUUUCAGCAUGAACAUCCAUUAUCCACACACUUUCCAUUCAUCAUCUCGACAAAUCGAUAUGAUUCCUGUCAAACGAACCCAUGCAUUCACGGUGUUUGUCAGCUUUCCAGCAAUUUUUAUGGAUACUCCUGCGUUUGCGAGUACGGAUACGCUGGCAUUAAUUGCGAAAAUGUAUUGAAGCAAUGUGAAUUAUUAGCUCCAUGUAGAAAUGGUGGAACAUGCAUUGACAUUCAUGGUCCAUAUAAAUGCGAUUGUUCUCUUGGGUUUACUGGGAGAAACUGUGAAAAACAAACUGAGAUAGCAUACGACGUAGCUUUUCGAGGUGAUGGUUGGCUGGAGCUUACAGGUUCUGUCAUGCCACAUAAUGAACAGCGUGAGGUGCUUUGUUUUGAAAUCUCUACAAAUAAGAGCAAUGGAUUAAUUAUGUGGCACGGACAGCUACCUAAUGAACGGAAUUAUGAUGAUUACAUAGCACUUGCUGUUGUAGAUGGGUACAUCGAGUAUCAAUACGACUUGGGUUCUGGUCCAGCAGUUAUUCGGGUGCCUACGCAACGAGUAGAUGAUGGUGAACGACAUAGAAUUAUUUUAAAACGUCAAGGAAGCGAUGGUAGCAUAGAAUUAAACGGAGACCACACAGAAAGCGGAGUAAGCGAUGGACUUCAGCAAACUUUAAAUGCUCGAGGCAAUGUUUACUUAGGCGGAGUCCCGGAUUAUGCAAUGACUAACAGAAAAUAUCAUGAGGGAUUUUCUGGAUGUAUCUACACAUUUGAAGUUCAAGAUUCUGGUGCUAUUGACAUUGGUGAGAAGGCUGUGAGAGGAAAAAAUGUGGCUGCUUGUACAAACGAUAUAGAUUAUUUUUCCAACGAUCUUCCAACAAGAGGUGAUCUUGGAGGCGCAAAAUCACUACAAGGAUUUGCCUAGAGAUGAUAAAUUAUUGCGCUUGCCGUUUUUUUAUCCAAUUUGCAUAAUAUAUGCGAUAUAUAUUUAAAAAAAUGUAAAUGACAAGACUCAUGCCAGCUGUGCGCAUUUUAAAGUAAUCUUCUUACUUUAUACAUUGCAAGCGAUAACAGAUUUAAAGUCCAAAUGCUUUUUUUGUGAAUGCAGAAUACUUUUAUACAUAAUUCUGAUGUAGGAAAAGAAGCUGGACUUGUAUAAUAUACGUAACUAAAAAUUUCUACGCAAAUAAGAGGAUAAAAAUGUUGGUGCAAUUUAUAAUCAUUAUUAUAUAUAUACUACAACUUUUUAUUUGAAAAUUUUAUUAAUAAUUUUUUGAUAUCCAAGUAUGCGACAAAUACCUCUGAUAGAUUAAAUAUUACUCAAUUGAGUAUGUAAUAUAAUUUUCACUGCCAUUGUUCAUUUUCUUCAAAAUCAAGUUACUAGAAAUCUUUAUUCUAUUGAAUUAUGUGAACAGUAUUUUAACUUUUUUAAAAUUUUGUUUCAAAGAAAGCAAUGCAUUCGAGUGAAGACUUGAUAAACCAAUUAUAGUUAUCAUUUUUUGUUAAAUUUGAUAGGUACUUGAUAUCAUAUUAAACAGAUUAAUUUAAAUUUUAAAAACUUUUUUACAAUUUAUUUCAUCUUAUUUU